AUAGUCUCAUCUCCUGUGGGCAGUAAUAUUUUGGUUGUUGAGUUUAGUGUGUAGGGUUCUGGGUGGUGUUGGUGGCCUGUGAUAUAUAGGCAGUCGAACUAGAUUAUCUGGUGGUCCUUCAGGCCCUUAAACUAUGACUGAUAUUCAGAGACCCGAGUUCAAAACCGUCUUACAUUGACUAUUUAAUUAUUAAUACAAAGUGGAACAGCUUCAACAGGACAGCUUGAGAGACCCACCCCAGAAUACCCAAUAAUCAGUUGGCACUCGUCUGAGACAUGGGAGACCUGGGUUCUCCCUACCUCAGGCAAAGGGGAAUUUUGAAGCCAGGGUUCCCACAGCCUGGGUAAGUGCCCUGCCCACUGGGCUGAAGUUUAUAAGGGGAGACACAGUCAUCUUGUCUUUAUUUUGUUUUGUUUGUUGCAAGAAAGAGCUUAGGUGGGGAGAAGAUUCAUGGCUUUGAAUCCCAAGCAAACAGAGGUGGCUCCCUCUAGCCCAGAAUUACAUGGCUAUGUUUCUUUGAGGAGUGGGGCACACUGAAUUUUUAUCUGAAAUAAUUAAAAUAUAAUGCAGUGUAAAAUAGAACAUCUUUAAUAGUAAAAGCAUUCAAGGGCAGUUGUUAAACUGUACAUUUAUACUUAGUGCUUGAAGAGUGCUUUGUUUCCAGAGCAGUGUACAAAGAUUGUCACAGCACCCCAUGCAGUAGGCAGAAAAAUGUUGCCGACCACUUCAGUUAGUUCCCCAAACCAGGGCAAUGGUGCGUUAAACUCCAGGGAUGCAGCGAGACAUACAGCGGGUGCAAAACGCUACAAAUAUCUAAGGAGGCUCCUUCACUUCCGGCAGAUGGACUUUGAGUUUGCUGUUUGGCAGAUGCUCUACCUGUUCACUUCACCACAGAGAGUUUAUAGAAACUUUCAUUACCGAAAACAAACAAAGGACCAGUGGGCAAGAGAUGAUCCUGCUUUCUUGGUAUUGCUGAGUAUCUGGCUGUGUGUCUCUACUAUAGGAUUUGGAUUUGUGCUGGACAUGGGAUUUUUUCAAAUGAUAAAGCUACUUCUUUGGGUUGUGUUUAUAGACUGUGUAGGCGUUGGCCUUCUAAUAGCAACUUUAAUGUGGUUUAUUUCUAAUAAGUACUUGGUAAAGCGACAGAGCAGAGACUAUGAUGUGGAAUGGGGAUAUGCCUUUGAUGUUCAUCUGAAUGCUUUCUAUCCACUUCUAGUCAUUUUGCAUUUUAUCCAACUGUUUUUCAUCAAUUAUGUUAUCUCAUCAACCUCAUUCAUGGGAUAUUUUGUUGGGAACACAGUAUGGCUCAUUGCAAUUGGUUAUUAUAUCUAUGUAACAUUUCUAGGGUACAGUGCAUUGCCAUUUUUGAAGAACACAGUUAUCCUUUUGUAUCCAUUUGCACUCUUAAUUCUGCUGUAUGUGCUCUCAUUAGCACUGGGAUGGAACUUCACCAAGACACUUUGUACUUUCUAUGAAUUCAGAGUGAAAUAAAAACAGGACUUCAUAUGUCUCUACUGUGUAGUUUGUCUUAGCUGCUGACAGUAUGCACAUCUAAGACCUCUCGUUGUAAAUGGUUGUAAAUUUUCUCUUUGUAGAUAAGUGUAAAAAGCUUGAAGUGUCUAUUGCAAUUUUUAAUGAUUAAAAUAUUUACAAACAGUAAAAA